CAGAACAUCUCCGCUGAAGCCCGGCAGAACUCCAGCAUGGCCAUCCUGCCCGUGGUGGCCACCAACGCCACCUGCUCUAUCCGUGUGGCUGCUGUCACCAAGGGGGGAGUGGGACCUUUCAGCAGUCCGGUGGAGGUCUUCGUCCCUGACAGCGGAUUGGUAACCUCAGCCCCCUCUUCGACUCCAGCCUCCGGGAACACAGACUCCUUUAUCGUAGCCCUGGGCUUUAUCUGCGGGACAAUUGCUGUCGGGCUGAUCCUCUGCUUGUCCGUGGUCAUCCAGAAAAGAUGUGUGGAAACAAAAUACGGGUAAGCCAAAGGGAAGAACAACUCGGAGCUGGCGGUGAACUACACAGCCAAGAAGUCCUACUGCCGGAGAGCCAUUGAACUUACAUUGGGCAGCCUGGGUGUCAGCAGUGAGCUCCAGCAGAAGCUGCAGGAUGUUGUUGUGGACAGAAAUGCCCUCAGCCUGGGGAAGGUCCUGGGAGAGGGGGAGUUCGGGUCAGUGAUGGAGGGGCAUCUCAGCCAGCCUGAAGGCAUCUCACAGAAGGUGGCUGUGAAGACCAUGAAGUUGGAUAACUUUUCCCAAAGGGAGAUAGAAGAGUUCCUCAGUGAAGCAGCAUGCAUGAAGGACUUCGACCAUCCCAAUGUCAUCAAACUCCUAGGCGUGUGCAUCGAGCUGAGCUCCCAGCAGGUCCCCAAGCCCAUGGUGAUUCUCCCGUUCAUGAAAUAUGGUGACCUGCACAGCUUCCUGCUUCGCUCGCGGCUGGAGAUGGCCCCCCAGUUUGUGCCCCUGCAGACACUGGUGAAGUUCAUGGUUGAUAUCGCUCUGGGGAUGGAGUAUCUGAGCAGUCGGCACUUUCUCCACAGGGAUUUGGCGGCUCGAAACUGCAUGUUACGGGAUGACAUGACGGUGUGCGUGGCAGACUUUGGUUUGUCAAAGAAGAUUUACAGUGGCGAUUACUACCGUCAGGGCCGAAUAGCAAAAAUGCCAGUGAAGUGGAUUGCCAUCGAGUCCCUGGCUGACCGCGUCUAUACCACCAAGAGUGAUGUGUGGGCAUUUGGCGUUACCAUGUGGGAGAUAGCGACCCGAGGGAUGACCCCCUACCCAGGAGUGCAGAACCAUGAGAUCUAUGAGUACCUCUUCCACGGGCAGCGCCUGAAAAAGCCUGAGGACUGCUUGGAUGAGCUGUACGAAAUAAUGUUUGCAUGCUGGAGAGCUGACCCUGCCACCCGUCCGACGUUCUCACAGCUGAAGGUCCAUCUGGAGAAGCUGCUAGAAAACCUCCCGGCCAUCAGGGGAUCCAGAGACAUCAUCUACAUCAACACCAGCUUGCCUGAGGACAGCCCAGACUCUACCCAGGAUUCAGGCUUCCCCCAAGCAGACUCUGAUUUGGACCCUGGGGACAUUGCUGAGCGCUGCUCCCCCCAAGCGGAGGUGGCGAUGGUGGCUGUGGAUGUCCACCACAAUGAACAAUGUGAGACGAGGUACGUCCUGGAGGAGCAGCUCAGCAGCCCUGUGGAGGAGGAGGCCUACAUCCCGCUGCUGCCUGACGGGGUGGCUGCCGGCAAGGGUUCGACGUGGACCGAGGCCAGCACUUUGCCCGCCGGCAGCUCGCUCGCACUGGAACUGCCACAGGAUAGCUGUGUGGAGGACUCGGAAGUGCUGCUGUGA